AUGCCGUUCCGAGCUCGACUGAACCCAAGCACGUUAGCGCGGAGGGUUGCGGCGGUGCGGCCUGUGCGCCCUCUGCCCGCCGUCUCUGGUGCACUUUCCCUCGCCGCCACCUCCGCCUCCGCCUCUGCGGGUCCCGGCCCGCGGACACUCGAACUUAGGUCAAACCGGACGUACAAGACAUCAGCACCAGCGCAGGCGUUCAGUUUCUUCCGCCGGAAACCGGCCCCCAUCAAGCCCGCCGACGCCGUCAUGGCCACGCUUGGGCCAGGGCUCUCCGACCCGCUCGCAGCAGCUUAUGACAAUCUCAUCAAGUGGAUCGAGUACGACGGCAACACGCGCCGUCUGACGGGAGAGGAGAUGGAGAGGCUUAUGGCUGCCAUCAGUGGUCGGCGAUCAGCCGCCGCUGCAGAGCUCAUGCAGCGGCUCUGGAACGACCUGGCGCUGCACGGUCUGCAGCCUGAGGACCGAUACCUCCGGCAACUCAUUUACAGUCUCGCGCGGAACGGAAAGGCAGACGAGGCGCUCGCCCUGUUGCUCGACGGACACGCUGAAGCCAUCGAGGCGCGGGAAUGGAUCGAGCUCGUGCGUUCUGCUGUCAAGACGGGCAACGCGGACGCCGUACUGUCGCUCGCGGAGGAGAAUGGGAUCAAGGACGAGCGACUGUACGCUGCGCUCCUGAACGCGCUGAAUGGAAAGGACGGAGUGGAUUCGGCGCAGCUCCAAGCGCUGCUCGAUCGGAUGGAGCGGAAUCGCGUCAAGCCCGGUCUGUGGACCGAGUCCGCCCUUGUUCCGAUCUACAUUAUGCUCGGGGACGUUGCCUCGGCGAAGUCCAUGGCAGACGCAUGGCCGUCGGUCGAGGACGAGAUGCUCCGCUCCUCGCUCCUGAGCGCCAAGUGCGAGGUCGAAAUUGCUCGCCGUGACGUUACCGCUGCUGUCGAGGUCAUCCGGACAAUGGCGGGCACAGACGACGAGGUCCCUCCGCGUGCCAGCUCGUUCGUGAUCAAUGCGUAUCGCGCCAGCCCGACCGUUCGGGACACGGUAGAUGCGGUCCACCGGUUCCGAGGCGAGACCGGAGUGCGUCUGUCCAAGGAGGGAUGGAAGCGUCUCAUUCUGGGCAUGGACGUGGACAACGCGCUCGCGCUGCUCGAAGAGGCAAGGCUCGAGGCUGCCGUUCUCGACGAGCCGCUUGCGAAGGCUCUGAUCGGACAACUGUGCGACGCGGGACGGAUCGACGACGCGAUGGAACUCUACGACGAGCUCGUCAUCGCCAGCGAUGCGGAUCCAACGAACGAGUCAAGGCAGCCGAGCAUGGACAUUUUCCGGCGCCUGCUGGCUGCCUGCGCCAGGGAAGGAGACACGGACACGGCGCUCUCGGUGCUGGCCGCGAUCAAGGAGAAGGGUUUCGUCCUGAGGACCCCGAAGUUGGGCGAGCAGCUCACCGCGCUCAUCGCCGCUGCACCCGACCACGUUAUCGCCCUCGACCUGUACAAGGCUUUCCGCGCUGUGUCUGGCGGCUGGAGCGCUGCCACAUUCUCCUUCGCGAUUAGUGCCUUUGUCCGCCUGCGCACGAAGAGCUCGGCCGUUCCACCACCCGACUUUGUCAUCGAGAUGAUGCACGACAUGCGCAAGGCGGGCUACCAGCCUGGUGCGGAGAUUCUUACCUCCGUCCUCGCCUCGUACGCUUCUCUGGCGAAGAGGAUCGCAAAGCUUCCUCCGACGGCCGAGACGGAAUUCAAGCGCUCCGCCCUGCUCAGCGCUACCAGGGACGUGCGCACCCUCACAUCCCUCGACCCCCUGAUCGUGGUCGACCUCAACCUGCUCAACACGCUCAUGAACGCACUCUCGUGCUGUGGUGCGUCGGCCGAGGCGCUGCGGGUAUGGGACGAGAUCCUGCCCCGUCUCUCCUCCGAGGACAAGCGUGCCGGCGAAGUCUCCGUCGCGAUCGUGAUCGACGCCUGCUCUUAUGGGGGACAGUUUGCACGCGCGAAGAAGAUCUGGGGCUGGGCCACGCGACACGGGCUGAACUCUGGUCUCGGGGCACGUAGCGCUUGGAUUGAGUGUUUGUGCCGGUAUGGCAAGUAUGAGGACGCGAUCGCAGCCGUCAAAGACUUCAGUGACCCGCCGGCCGACAAGGAUCUCGCGGCGAUUGUGCUCAAAUACGGCUUCCGGUCGGACAGCCCGCAGGUCGUGUUUGACGCGCUCCAGGAGGCGUUCCCGGACUGGUGGCCUGAUCUCUCAAAGCUCAUCAAAAAGUAG